UCAAAUCAGAAUGUCCGUGCUUCAAAAUCUAAAGUAAAAUCUUUCAGGAAGAUGCCAGAAAAUUGCACAGUCCCUUCUAUAACUGCAGAUCAAUAUGCUUCUCGCAGUGCAAUGCUAUCAUCACUUGUAGUUUCCUGGUCACCAAUGCUGCAGUCAGUACCCAAAAUCUCUUCAGUUCCUCAAGAUGGGGCAGCAAUCUCUGUACUUGCAGUUGGAGGGAAGUCUGGGAAAGUUUCAUUAUGGAGAAUGCCUGUGCCAGAGUGCUACUCUGUUGAUCAAAGCAGGGUUCCGGCUUCUGUGGUGCUCAUUGGGAUCUUUCAGGCACACGAUUCAUGGAUCACAGCAAUUAGUUGGGCUUUGCUUGAUUCUGAUUCUUCAAGUCCUCAAGUUUUGUUGGCUACAGCGAGUUCUGAUGGGAGUGUGAGGAUCUGGCUGGCAUAUAAUGAAAUAUUACUGAAGUCAUCAGAACCCACUCACACUUCCUUUUCCCUAUUAAAGGAGGUUGCAACUGUGGAUUUUGUCCCAGUUUCAGUACUUUCAGUCAUUGUGCCUGCUAAGUCUCCGCACAAAAUGCACUUAGCAGUAGGAAAAGGAUCUGGCUCUUUUGAAUUGUGGAUAUGUGAUAUCUCUAGCAAAAAAAUUGACAAAAUUGGCCCAUAUGACGCGCAUAACCAGACC